UCUCCGGCUUUUUCAAACCUCGAAAUGGAGGCAGAAGGCUUCGCCUCCCGGUCCCGGCCGCAAGGAACCGCGCCUCCGCCGAGCGAUUCCGAUCGGAUGGGUGGAGGAGCUUCCAAAUACCUCGCCAACCUCCCUUCCCGUGGCCUCUUCUCCAACACCGUCCCCUCCUCCAACCUGGGAGGCAUCCGGGUUUAUGUCUGUGACCAUGAUACGGCGCCCCCAGAUGAACAAUUAAUUAAGACAAACACAACGAACAUAUUGAUUAGAGCUCUCCAAAUCAACAAACAAAAGAGUGAUUCAAAGGAUGCAGCAACUAAAGCUACACCGGAGAGCAAGAAAGGAAAAAGAUCUGCUGAACGAACUUCAGAAGGAAGGACUCCUAAAAGAGCAAAAACUAAAACUGCUCCUGGUAAUUCCCAUCAAGAGGGAACCAGUUCUGGCUUUUCUCGGAGGAUGCUUCAGACUAUGACUGUAGAGCGGUUGCGUGCACUACUGAAAGAGAGAGGGUUCUCCCCAAGAGGGAAAAGGAUGAACUGAUUGCACGCUUGCAAAAUGAUGCAUAGGUGGAAAGGGUAACUAGCAAGUUUCCAUGGGGGUGUUCCAUCAAAAUGUAUGGUGUAGGAUUUGUUGAACCCAGUGUUCAGCUUAAAAUGUUAUAUCUGAAGCACUCAAAUGGUUUGCCAUCUGUCUAUGAAUAUUUAGGUGUAUCUUGUUGCAUAACAGGGCAUGUCAAGUGGUGACUGUGAUUUUGGUUGUCCAAUGCGCUCUAUUGUGGAACUGCAUAUAUGUUAGUAGUCUUUAUGGACAUCAAAUUCCAUAGAUCCUCAGUA